AUGGACUGCGCACCUCAAAUCACAAAUGCUGUUGAAACAGCCAUCCCCUUAUGCCAGAUCAUUUGGUGUGGCGUUCAUGUGUUGCGCGCUGUCAUGAGAAAGGCUGAAAAGUUUCAAGAUCGUUCCAACUUCGAAACUUUCUAUAACUUAAUGAAGUUAUUGGUCUUUGGUUCUGAAGAGGAAGAAAUUGAUCAUGAUGAAGUUUACAACAAUUUAGAAGAAAUUUUAAAUGAGGAACCUGCUGCCCGUGAAUACUUUGACCAACAGUGGCGCCAUCAUCUUGACAGGUGGAUGCUUCGCUAUAGAAAUGAAGGAGAUGGAACAAACAACAUCUCGGAAUCACAUUUCAAGGUUUUGAAGCACCAGUACUUCCCAGAAAGGCGAAAUCUUCGACUCGAUGAACUUGUCAUCGAGUUAUAUUCCAGUGUUGUUCCUUCAUUCCUGAUUAAGUUGCAAAUUAAAG